AAAGUGCUGGGGGAGGGGGGGAUGCGGCUACGUUUCCCCCUGGUAUGAUUCAGAUGCCAACGCGAUAUAAAGGCUCAACCAGGCUUGCCUUUGAUAGGGAGAUAUGGCGAUGCAGGCGGCGUUGAGGGCGGGGCGGACCGAGCUGAGUACUCUGUAAGGACUAGAGGAGGAGGAGGCGUAAGAGUGGACGGCAAAUCAGCCUGUUGUGCUCUGUUGCUGCAGCCGUUGCCUUGGAGGGUAUUUUAAGAGAAAGAAACAAACAAACAAAUGUCCAUCCACUCACGUCCUUCCUUUUAUUCAUAUCCCAUCGUCGACAGCCCUGCUCCCCCCCUUCUGCAGUGCCACCUCUCACCUCUCCUUGGCUUUCAUCCCUCACCUCUCCUUGGCUUUCAUCCCUCACCUCUCUCCCUUUUUUCUUUUCCAUUCCUCGCUUCCCAUUAUCCUGUUCAUCCAACCGCCCUCAUCUUGUAUUAUUCUUAUUAUUCUCAAACAUAAUGGUCAAAAUCAUCCAGACCCUGUUGGCACUCUCGGCCUCACUCUCUGUGGCCUUUGGACAUGCUGGUCACCACAUGCUCGAGAAGCGUGCCGCUGCAUCGACCUGCCCGACCACAUACGCCGCCGUCGCGGCAGGCGCUUGGCCAGUCCUCGACUGCGUUCCCUUCAUCCAGGACCCUCAGGUUCAGGCAUGGCUCAAGUUGGUCGACUUCACAAAGACUCCCGUAUACCCUCCCUCCAAGGCCGGUGCCUGCCCUACCGAUCUUACGACUUUGUCCAAGGAUCAGUGUUGGUGGACAUGUCAAAAGUGUGUUGACCCCAACGACAUUGUCGUCUGUCCAAAGACCGGAACCUGGGGUCUGACCUAUGAUGAUGGUCCAUCCCCUGACUCGCCUCGUCUGUACGACUAUCUCCUUCAACACAACCAAAAGGCGACACUCUUCAUUGUCGGAUCCCGCGCUGUGAGCUAUCAGGCGACGUUGAAGCGUGCUUACCAGGAAGGACAUCAGAUUGCCAUCCACACAUGGUCCCACCCAGACAUGACCAGCUUGUCCAACGAACAGAUCGUCGCCGAGCUCAAAUGGACCGAGAAGGCCAUUUUCAGUGUCAUUGGCGUGACCCCCAUUUACUGGCGCCCUCCAUAUGGUGAUGUCGACAAUCGCGUGCGCAACAUUGCAACGCAGCUCGGCUACAAGACCUCAAUCUGGACCCAGGACUUUGACACCAACGACUGGAAUAUCCCUGGAGGCACUGCCACGCCUCAGUCAGUGGUUGCUACCUUCCAGUCCUGGCUCGCCAAGAUCCCAACAAUGAGCACCGGUUUCAUCGUCCUGGAGCACGACUUGUUCCCUCAAGAGGUUAACGUCUCCGUUAGUGGCAUCCUGCCUAUUGCCUACGCUACCAAGGGUCUCGACAUCAUGCCCAUCGCCAAGUGUCUCGGCGAUGCUAAGCCAUACAAGGAAGGCGCCGGUACCUUUGUCCUCGGUGGUCCUGCAAGUGUCUCGGGCACUGCUACGGGCACAGCAACUGGUACCAGCGCCGGUGGUGCUGCUCCCACAGUCGUUGGAGGCAAGAGCAGCAGUGCAAUUGCAGUCGCUCCUGCCUUGGUUAAUAUUGUCUUGGCUGCUGGAUCUGUCGUGUCCGUGGGAUUCGCAGCUGGAAUGUUUUAGAGGGUCAUGAAUUGGAGUCGCUUCAGCAGUGCUGGCGUCCCGGUUUAUAUCUAUAUUUUGCCUAUAAUUGCGCUGUAAAGUGCUUAAUAUAACGAAUAAAUGG